CGGCGCCGAAAACAAACCUCUUACGUAAUUUUAUCUGCUAGCCCGGUAUUGUCCAAACAGUUUCCAGGGAGUCUACAAACGAACCACGGAUUCAAUAUUGACACAGAUUUGGUCAACUCAGAUUCGGGUUCUACAAAAAGACGACGGUUAAAGAGCUGAUACGAAAUCGGAAUGCUUUAAGAACGUGAGCUGGAAUCGGGUUUGAAGCUCUGUUCGUGGCUUACAAUUUCUUACGAACAACCGGACAGGUAGCUUUCGGACGUCCGAGGAAUUUCCCCGUCUUCUGAUUACAACAGGAAGGACAGUUUCCGCGGCUGACCGGUGUAUUACAAGAUAUAGUACACAACAAAAAGAGUCGGAUAAGAAUAUUACUGACAGCGGGCCCCGAGAAGUUACGUCAAAGGGGUUCCAGACGACGCUUGGAUCCACGAAACCUUCCGAGACAGCUUCUAAGGCUGAAGAUGGCAAAGCUGGCAGCCUCACUUCAAUGAGAGCACUGAGUGACCUUGCACGCGAUGUUAACAAACCAGCAGCGACCAUUGUCCAAAAUGAUGGCGACCAAAAUGACCAGGAUGGUACGGACGUUGAGUUAUCUCCCUUUAAUGUACGUGAUAUCACGUCCGACAUGCAAAGUGCGAACCUCGAACGCACAGUGGCUCCGGAAGGUACCAGUUCAACGCCACUGGCUAAUAGCGCUACAACUAGCUCUCAGCCUACAUGUACUCAAAGGACCCACAAAGGAUGCGACGUCAUUAAUUAUGAACGAUGUACUCAAAUGGGGACAUGUGAAUGCCUCCGAGGAUACCUUAAAGACGUCAUAACAGAAAAAUGCAUAGCUGCACAGUUCUUCACUGGUGAAAUUGAGUUAGCCAACGAUUACACAGAAGAUUUUGCAGAUAAAUCUAGCGAUGCAUAUAUAAAACUGACAUCACAACUGCAGCAAGUUUUGCUACGAGCUUUCAAAAGCCAAGAUGUAGCCGGUAUUUUGCGUAUCAAAGUUACCAACAUAGCUACAGAGAAGGUGUUGGUUACCUUUGAGAUUGCAGUGGACAAAGUGAACUCCGGCGGCCGUGACUACCUGCAGCGUCAGUACUAUCAAGGCCUGACCAGCACAGCCCACAGGGAUGAGAAUGAGGGACUGGUCAAGCUUAAGGGCACAGACUUGAUCCUUGGAACCAAUGGCAGUAUUGCUUGGUAUUUAAAACCAUUCACCGAAACCAACCACUGUGUGGAGCGGGCACACAACUACUGCGACGUGAACGCCAGAUGUACCCACAAGAUGCGAUCCUUCACUUGUAGUUGCAACGACGGGUUUGUCGACGUCUCUCCUGACAAGCUUCGUACUCCCGGCGAACAAUGUGCUGUCAAAUGUCCUUGUCGCAAUAACGGAACCUGUGACUCUGUUAACGGAAAGACUGAGUGCCGGUGCCCGAAAUGGUUCAUCGGAAGCAACUGUGAAAUCAAUGGAAAAGACCUGCUCAUCAUCUGCUGUAGCGUUCUUGGGGGACUCCUGGUCCUCACCGUCCUGCUGUGUCUUGUCUGUAUCUGUGCUGUCAAAAACAGAAAAUCCAGCCGAUCCAGCACUGUUGGAGUGGGGAGUUUAGACACCAGUGUGGUUAAGCUACCCCGGGUGUGGAUGGAUGGGACACGCCCAUAUGAACUACCCCCUAGGGACACGAGGAGAUGGAGCUAUGUGUCGGAACCUAUACGCUACGUAGAUGAAUAUAUGAUGGAUGACUACGUUCAUGCCGAGACGCUGCCGCUCCCGCGGUCACACGACGCCAAGAAAAGAUUCUACCCUGCAUACGGGAACCAGGCCUACAGUAGCUCAACAUUAAACAUCCGUCCAGCCUCCAGACAUUAAGCGCUGAUCACAGGAACUCACCAAUUCCAUGUUUGCAGUUUGAAUGAAAGAUAGUGCAGUGUUGCUGUCUGGACCGCAAACUAAAAAUCCUAAAAUCACUUUCUUACAGUGCGAGAGAAAAUUUGACAAAUAUGAGUAAUCUUCUUUCCCAGAAGACGUGGUUAAACACUUCUUUUCAAAUGAUUGACCGGUCAUUAGCAGGACUCUACCAACACUGAACCUCUCUUGUUCCUUCCGCAUUAACGUACAGCAAGUCUGAAAAUGAAAAAAGAAUUCCUGUCUCAAAGAAGCUGACGGUCAACAGGCAUCAGUGGAAGGGAGAUAACUCUUGAAAGACGAUCUCUCAGUUUGCCCGUUAUAUUCUGAACAAGAGAACGUGCUCAGUGUACUACUUUAUUUGUGUUCCUCAAAGAGAACAUGAAGAAAUAACAAUUACUGACAUGCCAGUACGUAUUCAGACAUUUAUUGUGACGCAGUUGUGGAAAUGUUUCAAGAAGUUGUUCUCCACAUGGCCAUGGUUUCUGAUACAACCAGCUCUUAAAACUAGUUCAUACUUGAAAACGUGGUCGAAUAACACUACAAACAUUACUUGAUUGGCUCUUAACUCUAUUAUAUCAUUUAGGUAAAUGUAUACCAAUGGGGUUGUUUAUUUGAAUAUUGAUAUGUGAAUAGGAACUUUGUCAAAGAAAUCGGGGAGUUUAUUGUAUCUUUGAACGUCAUGUAUUGAAGUGAAGGUAGGGCAAUUUUUACCUGUUCAAGUAAUGUGACACUCUGAUAGUCGUACAAUUUCCCAUUUUGAUUGAUUAUAUUUGUAAACCAAUCAGAAACAUUUAUACACCACCUCUAACCCAAUCGCGCGUAAUGAUGUAUUGAAAUGUGACCCCCUUUACUUACUUACUUACUUACUUUGGAGAUUUAACGUGCGCUUUCCGACUGAUGCGUAUUUCGCACACGGGACCCCCUUUAUGACAAGGCUCCUUUUUACAGUCUGUUAAGUUAUCUAACAAUUGAUGUAACGAAGUCAGUGAUUGGUCAAAGCAACUUUUUGAAACACGUCCAUUGUACUUCACUGCUACUUAGCAUAUAUCAAUAUACCGUGCAGAAUGGUUGUAUACGAUAGACACAAUGGCGAUAUAAAAUAAUAAUUCCUAUUUAUACGUUUAAAGCUUUGUACAUACAUCUUUACCUUAUGAUCGCAGCAUUUGUAUAGGGUCUGUGGACAUGUGUAUAGGGUCUGUGGACAUGUGUAUAGGGUCUGUGGACAUGUGUGUAGGGCCAGACGGUGUUCAACAUUGUGUUUGUAUUUCAAUACAUCUGCUGUUUGUAAGAUACCCUUGUACAUAGAACGCAUACUUCAUAUACAGUUUCAAUGUCAUCCAGAUUUGUAUUUUUAUAUCCUGUGUAUUGUUAAAGUAGAAUCAUAGUAAAAUCAUUAUUGUGUACGGUCAGUAAUGAUCACAAACUAUAUCAAUCGUCUAAAUUUAAACAAUGUCAUACGAUCCUCUUCAUGGGUUAAUGGCCUGAAUUCACAUUAUUGCCUCAAUGUAUCCUUUGAAGAUUCUUUAUCUCUCGGUACUUUUAUGAUCCGUUACCUAAAAUACAAGUGAAAUAAAUAAAUAGUAAUAACUAUUGUUGGCCACAACAUGUUAUUUAUCCGUUCUUCUCAUCUUCUUGGAAACAAGUCGCUAUAUGGCUGAAAUAAUGACGAUGUGACGUUAAAUAUUAACUCACUCACUCUUGGAAACAUUGCUACUGAUCAACUGGGCCUAAUAAAGGUGAGAAUAUUGAAUUGGGCCUUGAAAAAAACCCUGAGGUUAGAAAGAUAGAAAACAAUAUAUAAAAAAUAUCGACUUUGUCAUCUAAUUGCUAUUCAAUCAGUUGACGGGGAUGAGCUAUGAAAAUGUGUCUUGACAAAAAUCCUUGAAAGCAAGAAAUGAUAAAGAAGUAUGGGAAAGAACAAUUUUUAUAAAUUGUUGUGGUCUAAUGUAGUUUUCUUUUGACUCCAGAUGCUGAAGAAUUGUUCUGGCAAGCAUUGAUUCACUAACCGUUGCUAUAAUACCUAUAUAUGCCUAUGCCUGAAUAUUGCCUUGUUUUGAAAUAUGUUUGUACAUAUCUGAUACACAUGUUCUUUAGACAAUUACUUUAUAUAAUAUACACUACCUUUGUGUAGUGAUGGUAAACGUGGAAAAUAAACACUUGAAGGAAAGAA